AUGUAUAAGAACCAGCUACAGGAGCUGGCGCAGCGGAGCUGCUUCAAUCUGCCGUCCUACACGUGCAUCAGAGAAGGACCCGAUCACGCGCCGCGCUUUAAGGCCACCGUUAACUUUAACGGUGAGACGUUUGAGAGUCCCAACUACUGCUCCACGCUCCGCCAGGCUGAGCACUCCGCCGCUGAGAUGGCGCUCAAUGACCUUUCCACCCGUGGUCCCACCAACUCUCUCGCCGCCAGAAUUCUGGAUGAGACGGGUGUUUAUAAGAAUCUCUUGCAGGAGGUCUCGCAAAGAGUGGGAUCAUCUUUUCCUGCAUAUACGACUUUCAGAUCAGGUCUAGGCCACCUUCCUGUCUUUACUGGUACUGUAGAGUUGGCAGGCAUUAUAUUUACUGGUGAGCCAGCAAAGAACAAGAAGCAAGCGGAAAAGAAUGCAGCAAUGUCAGCUUGGUUAUCUCUGAAAUCAUUGCAACAAUUUGAGAGUUUGUCAUCAGAAAAGACACAAAAAGAUGAGUUGGAGCACGUGACAGCAGCCCGAGCUUUGCAAAAGUAUCUCAUAAAGGCAAAAUUGGCGAAGUUAUCUUUUCCAAUAAAAUUUCCUACACAAAAUCCAAGGCCAUCUAGUACACAGCAGUCUCUGGCUGCAUCAUCAAAAAUUCUUCCUUUCAUAUGCCCAAAACCUGGUCCUCGUAGCAGGCCUAUUUCAACAAUAAACAGCAAUGCAGAGUCCCCGAAGACUGCUAAGACAACUCAAAGCCAGCCGGUGUUCCUUACCACAAAAGAGAGCCUCCUAUCAUUGGUGGAGAACGAUAAGGUCCAACCUCUGAAGUUCCCCAUGUCUAGAGCAGCACCCUACGUUCCAGUGCAGCAUUGUAGUCCACACUACAGAAUUGCACCGCCAGUGACAAUACGAAAUGCAAUUCCUGUUUUCUCUACACCACCACUUCCUCCGCCUCAGUCUUCACUAGUGAUGAGUCCCCAACCUUUGGGCAUGGCACCACCUGUCUGCAUAAGACAUGCUGUUCCAGUAUUUACUGCUGCUUCUGUUCGGGUAGACGAGUUACAAGUAUUAAAUCCAACUCUUGAAGGAGAGGAUUCGAAUAUUUCUAGGCCUGCAGUUCUUGUCAAGAAUCCACCAGCUACUAAAUUUUCACUAGUUCGAGUAGAGUAUCCACCAGUUUCUAUUGCAACACAAGGGAAGUAUGCAGAUUUUGAAGUUCCGUCAGUUCAUGUUGAGCAACCAAUAUUUGAAGCCAUAGCAACACCAGGGAAGUACGCAGAUUUUGAAGUUCUAUCAGUUCAUGUUGAGCAACCAAUAUUUGAAGCCCCAGCCGUCCAAGUUGAGUCACCAGUCUCUCUGGUUACUACUCCACCAACUAUUUCAGAAGCAACUGCAGACGAGACAGUAAUAGCAGUGCAGGACAAGCUACCUAAGUCAAAGGUGAUUGAAGACUUUGAAGAGCUAAAAAUAUGA